AUGACAAUCAUUAGUAAUGAGAAUAUUCUCAUUCUCGAUAAUCAUUUCCUCUACAUAUCAUUGAUGUUUAAUCUAUCUAUAACCAAACUAGUUAUUUGUUGCGAAUGUGAUGAAAUAAGUGAUGAUUGGAAUGUUGAUCUUUGCACUAGUGAUGAUGAUCACAGAGACAAAGAUAAAGAAUAG